UUAGGGUUUGCCCUUAGAAAUAAUGAUGAAGCCCUACGAGAGGGUUUAGUGGAAUGCAACAAAGGUGUACGCAGAAUAAACACAGCAAUGAAAAGUGCUCAAACCCUAGGUGAAAAGCAGCAUCUAGUGAGCUGUCUAGGGCAGAUAAAAAGUUUACGAUGCCGUUUAAAAUAUUGUCAGAAGAAAGGAAAAGGAAUCCAAGCAGCAGAUAAAAAACCUAGAAAAGAAACACCUAACCGUAGAGUGCAAUGGGAAGAUCUUCAAGCUGCGUUUGGUUCAAGAAUCCGAACUGGUGUUAUUACCAAUAUUAAACAUAUCGAUCCUACUAAAUUCCUAGAAGAUUGUGCUGUUUUAUUCAAACGAAGAAUCCAAAACGCUUUAAAACAAGAGUCUUCGCUUAAAAUAAAUACAGUACUUUGCGGUGAAUUUCAUAUGAAAAAAAACGAUGAGAUUGUUAUCGAAACCAAGUACCUGAACACCAAGAAUACCGCUGUGUACCGUGAUAUGAAUUUGGACGUCUGGUUCAAGAAACAUGUGUUGGAUCCCUUACUUACAGACCUGGAUGAAUUCCAAGAACGUGAUUCAGGUUGGGCCCUUAGCAAAGUGAUUAAUUUAACUAUAAACAUAAAUCAAUAUAAUCCUUUACGUGCUGGUACCUAUAUAGACCUUCCAAAACAAAUCAAACUUAAACGUGCUUGUAUAAACGUUCAAAACACUGAUAAUAUGUGUUUUGCUUGGGCUGUUCUUUCCUGUCUUUACUCUGCACCAUCAAACGUUGCUGAUAGAACUUCAUCGUACCCGGACCCUAAAAAAGUAUUAAACUUAAAGGGAAUUCAAUUUCCUAUGACUUUAGGGCAAGUUCCUAGAUUUGAAAAGCAAAAUAACGUUUCCGUAAACGUAUACAGGCUUGAGAAAAACAAGAAUACAUUUACUGUUAUUCCUACUUUUCUAACGAAAAAUAAACUUGAGAAGCACGCGAACCUCCUAAUGAUACAAGAUAAUUAUCAUGAAGAUGAUGCUAAUGAUAUACCACCUGUUAAUAUCCACUAUUUAUGGAUCAAGAACUUAUCACGCUUACUUUCAAGUCAGAUAAACAGGGAGCAUAGAAAGAAGAAUAUAUGCGAUAGAUGCUUACAUUAUUAUAGGACUGAAGACAAAUUAACAGCACAUUUAAACGAUUGUGUAAAAUUAAAUAAGGGCGGAACUGUUCCCAGGAUACCUACAAACGAAAAGAAAUUACUUGGAUUUAAGAACUUUAACUUUAAGGAAAAGGCUCCAUUUGUUAUAUAUGCUGACACUGAAUGUUUCCUAAUGCCUAUCGAAGAUAAUUUGAGGAAAAAUACGAAAAAAUACCAGCACCAUGAACCCUAUAGCAUUGGAUACUACGUUAAAUGUAGUUAUGAUGAUUCACUAUCGUUUUAUAAAUCAUAUACAGGAUUGGAUUGUAUGAAAUGGUUUGUUCAAGAAUUGGAGGACUUUGCUGAAAAUGUUGAGACUGUUUUUCUUUGUGAUUUGCCUAUGGAUUCCAUGACAUUACAACAAACUAAUGCAUUUUAUAAAGCGAAAAUUUGUCAUAUUUGCGAAAAACCAUUUGCCUAUGAUAAUAAAAAAGUCAGGGAUCAUUGUCACCUCACUGGAAAAUAUCGUGGUCCAGCCCAUGAAAAUUGUAAUUUAAAUUAUAAGGACACCAACACUGUGCCUGUAAUAUUCCAUAACCUCAGUUCGUACGAUGGACAUAUAGUGGUAAAAGCCUUGGCUGAAACUACAGGAAAAAUCUCUGUUUUACCCGUAAACAAGGAAAAGUACAUAUCGUUUACUAAAAAAAUUCUUGAAAAUUCCGUCGAGUUUCGAUUUAUUGAUAGCUUUAGAUUCCUGGCGUCUAGUUUGGAUAAUUUAGUCUCUAAUCUUUCCGAAUAUCCUAUUCUAAAGAGUGAAUUUAAGGAAGUGUCAGAAGAACAGUUUUCUCUAUUAUGCUGCAAAGGUAUUUUCCCAUACGACUUUAUGGAUGGUUGGUCCAAGCUUGAGUGUAAUAAAUUACCUGAAAAGCAACAUUUUUAUAAUUUGUUAACCGAUGAAUAUUUAAGCCACAAAAAUUAUAAUCAUGCCCAGGCCGUAUGGAAUUCAUUUGGAUGCAAAACUAUGCGUGAUUACUCGAACCUGUACUUGAAGACUGAUAUUUUGUUGUUAGCUGACGUUUUUGAAGCAUUUAGACUAACUGCUCAUAAGACGUAUAGUUUGGAUCCUGCUCACACUUAUACUCUUCCCGGAUACGCUUGGCAAAUUAUGUUGUACCAAAUGUCUAAAACCGCACAGCAGCAUCUUGAACUCCUUACAGAUUUGGAUAUGGUACUCUUUAUUGAGAAAGGAAUUCGCGGUGGUCUGAGCCAAUGCUCUAAAAGGUAUGCUGAAGCAAACAAUAAGUAUAUGAACAAUUAUAAUUCAUCUAAAGAAGAAACCUAUCUUAUGUACUUUGAUAUAAACAACCAGUAUGGUUGGGCCAUGUCUCAGUAUUUGCCAUAUGGUGGUUUUAAAUGGUUGUCUAGUCUUCAGAACUUUAAUUCUCUCGAUAUUCCUGAUGAUGCCGAUACAGGCUAUAUUUUAGAAGUUGAUCUGGAAAUUCCUCAUGAAUUGCAUGAUAUAUUCUCUGAUUUACCUCCUUGUCCAGAGCAUACAAAACCUCCUGGCUCUAAAAAUUCCAAACUAUUGGCAACGUUGUACAAUAAAAAGGAAUACGUCAUCCAUUAUCGUAAUUUGAAACAAGCUUUGGUUUUGGGUGUUAAACUGACGAAAAUCCAUAGGAUCUUAUCUUUUAAUCAAUCUCCAUGGUUAAAAUCGUAUAUUGAUUUAAACACAGUCCUAAGACAGAAAGCAAAGAAUGAUUUCGAGAAAAAUUUAUUCAAGUUAAUGAAUAAUGCGGUCUUUGGCAAAACGAUGGAGAAUAUCCGCAAACAUUCCACUGUUAAACUGAUAACUCAAUGGGAUGGUCGAUAUGGAGCGGAAGCGUUAAUUUCCAGACCUGAGUUUAAAAGUUCAGUCAUAAUUAAUGAAAAUCUUGUGAUAAUUGAACUGGCCAAGUCUGAGGUAUUUUUCAAUAAGCCCAUAUAUGUAGGAAUGUCUAUUUUGGAUAUCGCUAAAAUUACGAUUUAUGAUUUCCAUUAUAAUUAUAUGUUGGAAAAGUUCCCAAAUAAUUGUGCUGCUAUUUACACCGAUACCGACUCCUUAGUGUAUGAAAUUAAAAAUCAAGACGUUUACGAAAUAAUAAAAAGAGAUUGUUCGAAGUACUUUGACACAAGUGAUUAUUCUAUAGACAAUAUUUUCGGUAUUCCGCAAGUUAACAAAAAGAUCUUGGGUAUGAUGAAGGACGAAAACAAUGGACGUAUAAUGACGCAUUUUAUUGGACUUCGUUCUAAAAUGUAUGCUACAAAAUUAUAUUAUUUACCUGAGGAGCUGAAACAAAAAGAAAAUGAACUGAAACGAAAAGGUGAAGAAAAAAAGGAAAUUGACAAUUAUUUACGAAAUUUGGGUGUUACUAAAAAGAUUAAGGGCGUGAAAAAGUGCGUCAUAAAAAAGAAAAUUACUUUUAAUGAUUAUGUUGAAUGUUUGGAGAAUUUUAAUGAAAAACUGAUAUCGCAAAAUUUAAUUCAAUCGAACAAACAUGAACUAUACAGUGUUAAACAAUCGAAAAUAAGUUUAAGUCCUCACGAUGAUAAAAGACACCUGAUGAAGGGUUCGGUUCAGACUCUACCGCAUGGACAUUGCUCCAUAAUGAAUAUAUAA